AUGCCUCUUCCUAGCGAAAAAGACGUUGUUGGCGGCGAGGUCAUCUCCAUCGCGGUCAGCCCGGCUAUGGACCCCUCCCGCGCUUUUGAAGCCGCAGCCGCCACCGAGGCAGAACACAACCUUGGCCUGGUGAAAUCGCUCAAGCUCUAUAGAAAGGCCUGCAUGUGGUCCAUUUUCUUCUCGACAUGUAUUGUCAUGGAAGGCUUUGAUCUGACCAUUAUCAACGGUCUCUACGCGUACCCUGCCUUUGCGCAAAAGUUUGGUCACCUCACGGAGGAUGGCUCCUACCAGCUGUCGGCUGCGUGGCAGUCGGGUCUCUCCAACGCUGCUCUAUGUGGCCAGAUUAUCGGCCUCUUUGCCGCCGGUGUCUUUGCCGAUCGCUUCGGUUACCGUAAGACCCUGAUUAGCGCUCUCUUCCUCUGCAUCUGCUUCAUCUUCAUCACCUUCUUUGCCGAGAGCCUGCCUCAGUUACUGGCGGGCCAACUCCUCAUUGGGUUUCCUUGGGGCGUCUUCCAGACCCUGACGACAACGUACGCGGCCGAAGUCUGCCCGACCCAUCUUCGAGCGUACCUCACCACCUACGUCAACCUCUGCUGGGUCAUGGGCCAGCUAAUUGCCUCAGGUGUACUGCGCGGCAUGGUUCCUCUCAACAACAAAUGGGGCUACAAGAUUCCAUUCGCCCUACAGUGGGCGUGGCCGCUGCCCCUUAUGAUCGGCAUCUGGCUCGCGCCAGAAUCGCCGUGGUGGCUGGUCCGCAAAGACCGACUCGACGAAGCCAGAAGAUCACUGCAACGCCUUACGACUCGCAACACCGGCAUCGAGUUCCGCCCCGACGAGAGCAUCUCCAUGAUGAUUCACACAAACGAGAUGGAAAAGCUGGCCCAAAAAGGCACGACGUACCUCGAUCUGUUUAGGGGUGUCAAUCGCCGCCGUACCGAGAUUGUCACCUGUGUGUGGGUUAUCCAGACUCUGUGCGGCGCCUCCUUCAUGGGGUACUCGACCCUCUUCUACCAACAAGCCGGCCUCGCUACCGAAAACUCCUUUAACAUGUCUCUUGGUCAAUAUGCCAUCGGUUUUGCCGGCACUCUUUUUUCUUGGUUCCUCAUGACCCGUUUCGGCCGCCGCUCCCUGUACCUUUACGGGCAGUGCAUUCUGUUCGUCUUGCUCGUCGCUAUCGGCGGUACCGCGUUUGCUGGCCGCAACAACAUACCGGCGCAGUGGGCUAUUGGCUCGAUGCUCCUCGUCUACACCUUUUUCUAUGACUGCACCGUCGGCCCCGUCUGUUACUCUCUCGUGUCUGAGAUCAGCUCUACCCGGCUGCGCACUAAGUCAGUCGUCUUUGCGCGCAACAUGUACAACAUCGCUAGUAUCGCCACCAACAUCAUCACCCCACGCAUGCUCAACCCGUCCGCUUUCAACUGGGGCGCUAAGUCGGGAUUCUUCUUUGCUGGCACCUGCGGCCUGUGCAUCAUCUGGACCUACUUCCGCCUGCCCGAGCCCAAGGGUCGCACCUUUGGCGAGCUCGACGUGCUCUUUGAGCGUCGCAUCUCGGCGCGCAAGUUUGCCGCGGCGGUGGUCGACCCUGCGGAGAUAUACGGCCUCGAGGUUGAAGACAGGGAGAUGGAAAAGACGGACGCCAAGGCCGAGCUUAUCGAGCAGGCGAAAUGA